AUGCCCCCAAUGGCCCGGUCAAAUCCUUCCUCUCCUAAUCCAAACCACCGCCUCUCCACCUCAUCUAAUCGCUCUCUCAAAAAAUCCGAAGCAGACUUUGAAGCUGCCCUUCGUGACACUGGUGCUACUCUCUUCCUCUCUGCUGGACCGGCCGCUAUAGGGGAAGAGCCCGAGACAGAGUCUGCUUCUGGCGCUUCCGAGGCUACGCCAGGGCUCGACGCAGAUACUAUGGAUAGUCCAGUAUAUUCAACUGAAGCGGGAAAGCAGAGGAGUUAUGAGGACGAUUUCAAAGAACUCGGACGAAAGUCACAGGAUGAAAGGGUCGGGCUUGGUGUGGGCAGUGUGGGGAUGGGAAGCCCGGUAAGAGGGACGUUCACUACACCCGGCGUCAUCCCUCCCACCCCCACGAGGGGGCACAUGCGAGCAGGGUCGGUGAUGACUACCUCGAGUGCGGCCUCGACUGGCACGGGCCAUACGCCAGGCCGCCAUGCGCGCAAGGUUAGCAAAAGUCUCGGCAUUGACGCUGAACUUGGUAUCGAACCAAAGCAAAAACUGAAGAAGCCACCCCCAAAGCGCCGCAACAUGUUUCGCUCCGCUGGCACGAGUUCGCAGCCGGAUCUUGCUUCUAUCGUUCGUCGGUCUACAAAGGACAAACCAGAUCACGACCCCCCUCCCUCUGCCGGCCCUACAUCUACCGCAUCGCCAAUGUCUCAGAUGACUCCUUCGACGAGCUCCAAGACACUAUACCAAAGCCCGCGAGGAGUGAGCUCCCCCCCUCGAGCUGCAGGGACUGGAACGGCCGAAGGUACGAAAAAGGAAAACAUGGACGUGUAUGGGUCAAUGAUGGGAGGCAACCAGAUGGCCACGAUAGCAGAGGGGCAAGGUACUUUGAAUAGGAAUAGGUCGAAUACUUCGGACGAGGGCUUCAAAAGCAUGAGAAACAAGGCCAAGGGCAUGUUUGGCAAAAUGUUUGGAUCCAGCAAGGAUUCUCGUCUACCAAGUAAUUCGGCGUCUGCCUCUUCUUCCCGAAUAGACAUCCAUGAGAUGCCAAGUCAGUCGGUACCACCGGUCCCUGCAGUUCCCUCCGCCUAUGCGCAACAGAAGCAACGCGUUUUCAAUUCUCCUCCUAUCUCACAUCCCGACGUAUUCGGUCCCACCGACGGAAGUACUGCAGACCGGUUCACGCUCGGCAGUCCAGUAUUGCCUCAAAAGAGUCCGCCUCCUCCCCCGAGACCUAUCAAUACUGGGAUGGUUGCCGGGAGAGUAUCUACUACACCCACAGGGAGGAGAGAGUCAGGCGCAAGCGCAUUGAGCAUCGACAAGCCUUUGCCGGCUGUACGAGUCACAGACCAAGAUGGUACGGCGCCCCAACUCGAGAAAAAGAUUGGGAGCUCGCUACACGUACGACAGCCUGCGAAUGCGGAGGAGGAGGAGGUGAUUACGCCCGUCCGUGCCGGUUCAUCACGGAAGCCUGUAUCGUCGCCAGCCACGGCGGCAGUGUCCUCGUUCUCUGCGGACAUGGCAGGCAUGCUGGCGGAUAUCGGUCAGUCGGAGCCUGCCAGAGAGUUGGGGCUGCCGCCGUCAAGUAUGAGAAAAAAGGAGAAUGGCCGAGGCAAGUUCCCUGCCGAUUUGAGUCGGACUCCGUCACAGGAGUCGCCUCCCCCGACAGGACCUCAGAGAUCGGCUUCCCUGCCGACAACCAAUCUGGCCAAGCAGGAAUCCUCGUCCCCUCAGCGAGCGUCAACUUCACACAUCCCAUCGUAUCUCGCAACCGCUAGCAAGGCCCAACCGAACCAAUUCUCCCGUUUGCGAGCUUCGUCUGGGUCCAAGAUUCGGCUCGAGACUCAGAUGGAAGGUUCCGAAGGGCCUCUGCUCAAUGUACAACCAUCAGCGGCACCUCCGAUCUCACCCAUCUUUGGUGAAGACAAAAGGCUGGAUCUUCCGAGCACUGUCAAGGCGGCCUCUCAAGCCAACGAUGCCUCUGAAACGCCUUCCAGGGAUUCUCCAAAGUCGCCUCCCCCCACCGGCCCGUCGGCCUGGGGCAGACAAUCUCCUGGAGCCCCGAAUCUGCCAGAGUCAUCAGACACUGAGCUCUCGCGUCUUCAAAGCCACACUGGCUCCGGCUCGGUUGCGAGCAGGCAUGACGACGGCGACGUGGAGAUGAUGGCAUCGCCACCAAGGAUGCCCAGUCGAGCGGAUACGGUGAACACCGAUACCACCGAUACCACCGAAGAUGGUGAAGAAUUGGAGGAGAAGGGCAGGAGGCUGGCAUGUGAGCUCUUGGAUGAGGACACAACCAAUGUGGCGGGAGACAAGGUUGCAGAGUUCUUGGGGGGACCGCACCCCGUGAAUACCGUCGCGCUCAAGUAUUACAUGCAGUACUUUGACAUGAAGGGUCAGAAUCUUGUUGAAGCUUUCCGCGAUCUCUGUCAAAAGCUCUACCUCAAAGCCGAGUCUCAAGAGAUUGACCGCAUUAUCGAAGCCUUCUCUGGCCGCUUUUUCGAGUGUAACCCAAACACCACUUUUGGCUCCCCCGAUGUCGUCCACACCGUUGCCGCUGCAAUGCUUAUGCUCAACACCGAUCUACACAUUGCAGAACUCCAAAAGCACAUGUCCAAGAGCGAAUUCGUGAGGAACGCAAUGCGGGCGAUUCAGUUGAGCAGCGGUACCGGCGAGGACAGGUCUUCGACGCCUGAUUUGAUCAGAGAUGAUGGGGACAACCAGCCGCCAAGUCUGAGCUCGAGUACAUCCACUAAUUACGUGGGCAGCGUACGUGCAAAGGUCCCGGCUUCUGGUGCCACCCAAAGAAGCGCUUCCGCCCCUGUGGUGACGUCGCCACCGCCCCAUCACCGCGCCGAUAGCUCUCUGUCUGUAGUCGGUAGCGCUGUCAGCCCCUCAGAGAGCAAGCUCCGAAGCAGUUCAACCACCGUCAGCUCCGGGUCAUUCAAUUAUGGCAAGACUUGGGAAAUCGAAACCGAGGCAGCGCUCAAGGAUAUAUACUCUAGUGUCCGCGCCGAUAGAAUUCUUCUACCAACGGCAUCAGCUUGGGGCAAUGACAGGAAUACGACGGGUAACAAGCGCCAGUCGAUGGUAUCCAUCGCCAGCAAUGGCCCUUACGACAGGGCUGGGCGCGUCAGGAGUCCCUCCGACAGAGUCAAUGUCCUCAAACGAGGCAGCAUCCGUAGCGUACAAGGCUUGCUAGCGAGCAACAGCCCGUACUCGUCACAGUGGUAUAGCUCUGAAGGUAGACUAUCUCCCGCGCCAAGUUACGCCAAUUCUACCAACGAAAUCAAUUCUCCUGGGUCAGCGUUUUCACCAGCUCUCGGCUUUGCGUCCAACCUUUCACACACGGUGAUUCGCGAACAUGACGGUGACGACACGCACUCUGUACAUUCGCAUGCCAGUGUGGGGACGAUAGAGGAGAUGGACGACGACGAGUUGGCUCUUUUGGGCGCGCCCUGGGCAAAAGAGGGCAUCUUGCAACGCAAGGUGCAUUCGGAAGGCGUGACGAAGAGAGUCAAGAAGAGCGGAGACUGGAAGCAGUACUUUGUGGUCGCCAGCAAAGGGGACGUCUUUAUGUUCACUUUCGGUGAUGGCAAAGGUGGCGGAUCGAUGUCUAUGGGCGGCUCAGUCGGAGGUGGUAAUUGGCUCGAAAACGCCAACGCCAACGGCAAGAUCCCUCUCAUGCACACCACCUCGGCCACCCUUCCCAAACCCGGCUACUCUUCCUCUCGACCUUACUGCUUUUCCCUCACCGAGCCUUCUGGUGAGGUCAGCUUCUUCCAAGCUGGUACUGAAGAUCUGGUGGCCGAAUGGGUAGCUACUUGCAACUACUGGGCUGCGCGAAAGAGUCGACAGCCCCUGCAAGGAGGUGUUUCCAACAUGGAGUAUGGGUGGAACAAGGUUGGGCUGGACGAUCAAGAUGAUCAGAUGAGCAUCAUGAGCCAUAGGAGUAACAUGAGUCGACUCGGUGGGACAUAUGGGCGUCGCUUGGGCAGUUCUAGCGGCGGCGGUGGGAAUGACAAGAUCUAUAUCAACGAUUGGAAGCCACCUCCUGCUGCUAGCGUUCCGAGCCCUCUGGAGGAGGAGGCGCAACUCGAAGCACUGGUGGCCUACGUGAAGCUCCAGGAGAAGGAGCUUGAAAGGCACAAAGCUGUGGAAGAGCCGAUGAUUUGCUUGUACUCGUUUGGUUCGAAGAAUCUGGCUAAAGCCAAGGACAAUUGGCGUGCCAAAUCACACUAUAUCCACACCGAGAUUUUUAAGUACGAGACUUACAUUGAUGCUCUCCGACGCGCCAUUCACCUUCGUGUCAAAAAGUCGGGUGAGAAGAAACUCGAAAAGUCUCUCAACUCUUCCAUUCACGGCUUACACGCUGUUGCCGAAGGAAAGGCUUCCCCUCUUGUUGGCGCUCAUAGCGUAAAGAGCGAGGACGAGGAAGAAGAUAACCAAUACGAGGAUGCUGCCGCAGAAUUGGGCAAAAAGACGUUGACGAUUGACCCUACGGCCGGCCAGUAUGACGAUGGCGAGGAGGAACAACCGAUCACUCCAGGUGCCACGCUUCGAGGAAGGUGA